AUGCAUAGAGCAGCCGAUGCAGCGCAUCCCCUCUGCAGUCGGACCAGCAGAAGAGCCAACGAAUUCGCGAGAGGAUUUCGCGCAUGUUUCUUCGUCUGUUCUUCUAGAGCAGCAAGGCUCGAGGUGCCACAAGCCACAGAUGUUUGCGCUUGCGGUGCUUUUUGGAGAUGGCCCCCUCAAUUCUGCGACUUGUUGCCAACACUCUUAGGACCAGCAGCCGUGUGCAACUCGUUGCUGCAGCUGUCAUUUGGGGUGUAUAUGCAUGUGCUGGUUCGGCAGCAGCAGAUCGCGGUGAGCCUCUCAGACCUUGCUCAGCUGCAGCGGCCAGCUGUUCAGCAGCUGCUGCUGCAUCGUGUGCUGCUGAUGCAGCGCGCUUGGCGGCAAACCACGACUUUGUACGUUUGGAAUCUGCUGCAGCAGCAGAUACAGCAGCAGAUGGAGCAGCAGCAGCAGCCUCAGCUCAAAAUUGUGAUGCUCAAACUUCCGCCGCUUACAAAACAACUGCAGCUGACACCGCUCAAGCACUUUGCGUUUUGCCAGUGCUCCGGAGAGGCGGUUCGCGCGAUACUUACGGAAAACGACACCAGUGUCGAGAGCAGAACCUGCAGCAGCAGCUCUACCAGCAGCAGCAGCUCUACCAGCAGCAGCAGCUCUACCAGCAAGACGAGCGUGAGCAGCAAAGAUCGCAUUUCUUCUUGCUGCUGCUGCAGCAGCAAGAAGCGGGGUGUCUUGGCAGACACCUGGUUUGGGCAAGGGAUGCUGCGGCGGCUUUGGCUUCGUAAUUGUGCUCUCUCAGUCCAGGGCAUGCAUAAAAUAACAAUUUCUCUCUUGAUGCCUCUUCGGAAGCAGCUCAGAGAACUGCUUUUACAGCACUGCAGGCUAGACUGCUGCGAUGCGCUGGUGCUCGCCAACUGCCUCCGUGAAAUGGAAGUUCUCGAGGUGCUCGAUCUAAGCAACAAUGAAAUUAAGGACGGCGGAGCAGCCAUGCUGCUGGCAGCAGUGCACCACGGCAGCUGGCCAGUAAUGCAGCAGCAGCAGCAGCAGCAGCAGCACAGUGAGUGGCAGCAGCAGCACAGUGAGUGGCAGCGUGCUAAGAAGAGGGAUAGCAACGGAGAGGAUGUGCUUAAAACGGAUGCUCUGCAGCAGGAGGAGGCGCAGGAGACCGAUGUGCUCCCUGAAGAGGCUGGGGAGAGGUGCCGCACUGCAGUGUACAGACACCUGAGGAGGGUCGACCUGGGUGGCAACGAUCUCUCAGGCACAGAUAUGUUGGUGCCGAUCCUUGCUGCUUUUGUUGCAGAUGCUGCCUCGUCAGAUACACGUCUUCAUUACAUUGGAUUGCAGUCCAAUGACUUAGGCCUUACUAUUUUUAGCGCUCUCGCAGCCGCUGCUGCCAUCUAUACGCAGCAGCGAAACAGAACGCUCACUGCCGCUGCUGCCGCCGCUCUAGCGGAUGCGGCAGCAAGAGACGCAGAAGCAGCAAGAGCAGCAGUAGCAGCUGCAGCUGCUGCUGCUGUGAGCGCUGAUAGGCAGCCUCUUCUAGGAGCUGCAGCAGUAGCAACAGCCUCGAGAGGUUCAGGAGAAGCGUGCACUGCCACAGUCAACACUGUUGCUGCAGACGCUGAGCGACGCAAGAGGAGCCGAGAGACACCUGAUGAAGCUAAGCGCCGUGGUAACAAGGUGUACUGCGCAGCCGCUGCAGCGGAGGGAGGCUUGGCAGCAGCAGCAGCAGCAGCCGCAGCGCAGCAGGCGGCAAAAGGGUCGUCAUCGCUGGGGGCGAAGGCAGCGGCGGCAGCAGCUGCAGCAGCAGCAGCAGAAGAAGCGGCUGCUGCUGCUGCUGCGGCUGCUGCCGCGUCGAGGGAAAUCACACCGGACCAGGAAGCACUUGCUGCAGCGGAACUGGAGGCAACAGAAGCAGCGCAGCGAGCUGCACUAACAGCUUUUUGCAUGAUAGAGACUGCCCAGACGGAUCUUGAGCAGAUAGGCACGGAGCCAUCAGUGACGGGGGAUGUGCGCAUGUUUAUGUGUAGGGGCCGUGAGGUGUAUAGGGAGGUGCUGAAACAGCAGCGCAUGCUGCAGCAGCAGCUCCAGCUGCCGCAGCAACACCUGCAGCACCAGCAGGCCACACUCAGCAGCAGCGUAAGCGACGCUGAGACAGAAGGCGAUUCUGAGUUUCAGUUGUCGGAUGUUGCUGUGGAUCUAAGCAGCAGGAGCAGCAGAGCGUCCAGCACUGACAGCAGCUGCAGCAACAGCACGAACUCCAGUUCUUCGGCUAUGUCUCUUCCCCCCGAUGAAGUAGGGCUCAGUGCUAGCAUAGGCCUCCCCAU